UGCUGCAGCUGCUGACAUUACUGACACUGUUGCUGCUGCCACUUCUACUAACAUUGCUACCACCAUCGAUGCUACUGCUGUUGAUGCUGCUGCUGUUGUUACAUGGCUCUACCACAUGCAGGGAAUAUGAGACAACAGUCACAACUGUGAUUGUUCGCAUAAUGCUUAUUUAGAUGAAAAUAUUUUCAGCCAAACGUGGAAUCCAUGUUGAUUGCAAGGUUUGAAUCUAUCAGGUGCCUCUCUGUAUUCAUCUGCCCACUUGUCAGCUGACAGUCAUUUCACUUUCUUGGAUACUGCCUAUCAUAUUUUUUGGGUGUCCUCUAUAUAUUUAUCACUGAAUGGAAUGUUCCAUGCAUCACUUAACAAACACAAACAACAACAGAAAAAAAAAAAAGACUUUUACAUAUUGUUGUCUGAUGAAAGCAUAGUCCCCCCCACCUCCUUUAAAAUCAAUUAAUUUUGCUGAAUUAUUUUGUGUGUGUGUAUUUUUUUUUGCUUUGUUUUUGGAGUAGCUUUGAUGUUAUCUAUUUAUUUUAACUAUAACUAUUUUAAAAUAGUAGUCUACUCUGUGAAAGUGUAUUCCAUACAACUAGAUAACAAUGCCAUGGAUACCGUUGGACUGCUACUAAAGUGGAUACAAAGCAGCACGUUCAGUUCUCUAUUAAAACCCAUUUGCUCAGUGGUGUAAAAAGCAUGUUUAGCUGAAGAAGACUGCUCUCUGCUGUGUCCAUCGAGGAAAGAGUGUUAGCUAGUAACUGGUAGACCAUGUGCAGAUGAGAUGGACAAGAGCCAAGCUCAUAUCUUAGUCUCUAAUAUUUCUACUACAGUCUGCUGCCAUCUGAUGUGUUAUGGACUGAGGAGUUUACUUUGGAAAAACGAUGCCAUCAUUUAUGGCACUGUUGACUGCUAAAUGAUAUUAAAUCAUGAUGCUACAAGAAAGCCAGGGACUAUAUAAAAUAACUGGUAUGAUCAACAGUGUCACGGUAUACACAUUCUGAUACAAAAAUGGUGAAUAUCCUACAAGGGAUUAUCCUAGCACUGACAUAUUCUAUACAUCUAAGCAAUGCCGUAAAUCCAGCAAAGGAAAAUUGCUUAACUUAUGAAAGCAACUAUCCAAAAACCAGAGCAUGCGAAUGUGUGGUUUACCAGAGCUAUGGUAAUUCUAGAGGAAAAUUCACUUCACCCAACUUCCCGGAGACAUACCCUAGAAACAUUAAUUGCAUUUUAUAUACCUUCAUCGGUGACUUAGGAGAAAUCAUCGAACUAUCAUUUUUGGAGUUUGAUUUAAAAAUGCCAGGUCAAGACAGACUCCUCAGUAUAUCGCGGGUUUCUGCAGCCAAUAGGUGUACAGACUUUUUAAAAUUCUUCUUGGAUCUCGAUCGAGCAGAAGUGAACCAAUACAGUAGCUGGAAUUAUGAAGUGUGUGGCAACAUUAGCACCAUACAAAAGAAACAUUAUUCAUCUGGACGCAGUCUCAUCUUAGAAUUUCAUUCUGAUACGGGCCCUGGAAAUUACACUGGAUUUCGAGGAAUAUUCCAGUUUUUAGACAAAAAUUCUUAUUUACAGAGGUCAUCAGUCAGUCAGACAGCUGGUCGUGAAAUAAUGGUUCAUGAAGGCAAAUUUGUAACGAAUGGUGUCCGGGAUCCAGGCACUCCUUGUACAUACUCUUAUAUCAGUACAAAUUCUACGAAAACUGGGGGGUUAUUCUCUCCUAGAUACCCCCAGAAUUAUCCACCAGGAGCCAGUUGUCAGUUUAUUUUUGAAGGAUUACCAGGAGAGAAAGUUAAGGUAGAAUUUGAAAACAUUCAGCUUCACCAUGUUGAUAAAAGGUACCAGAUCGGAACAAAGUGUCCUAUUGAAGUGGCAGAUGGAUUAUCCACAGACACUAGGACCAAUCCAAGUUGUGAUGAAAGUUAUGAUGCCAUUCUUGUACAUGAUGGUAUCGACAAAUCAGCCAAUGUUAUCGGAAUUUUUUGUGAUGUCCACAACACCCAAGUUGUAAAAUCUAGUGGGCGCUACAUGUAUAUUGAUUUCUACUCAGAUGAUAAAGAUGAAAGACAGGGUUUUGCAGCCAAAUACACAUUUUUUACUGAGCACCAGACAACCGCAGACUCAAGAACUACACCAUCUACAGGUAUGAAAAAUUCAAAUGCAGAGUCAGUCAUUGAAAAAACUAAAAUGCGUGAUGUAAACGCUGCAGCAACAGAAAUUUUGGUCCCUUCAAUGGAUCCAACCAAUUCAAAUGCUUCCACCAAUUGUAACCGGCAUAUCAGCAGUGCUGAUGGGAAAAACGGUACCAUAACCAGUCCAAAUUAUCCAAAUCCAUACCCAGGGGAUAUUACAUGUCGUUUUACUUUUGAGGGUUCUGGACCCGAGAGAGUACAACUGCGUUUCACACACAUGGAUCUAUACUUUCCAGGUGGCAAUGCUGCAAAACCUCACGAUUGCCAGGCAGCAGAUUCAGUUACCAUAACAAUAUAUAUAAAUGGUGAGCCUACAGAUUUAGAUACAAAAUGUGGAAGAGAAUUGCCACCAAUGUACAUGUCCAAUGAACACAGAAUGACAGUUGUGUUUAGAAGUCUAACAUAUUCACACACAGUCACGGGGUUCCAGGCAGAUUAUGCAUUUGUCAGAAAUUUUGGCAUUAGCACGGGUGAACCUGAUUCUAGAUAUUUAUGUGGGUUCAACUAUAAGAGUAUUUUAGCAUCUUCUGGGUUUUUCACUUCACCAAAUUAUCCAGGAAAAUACCCAAGAAUAACGGAAUGUCACUAUCUGUUUUAUGGUCAGAAAGGUGAAAAAGUAAUAAUUGACUUCACAAAAUUUGAAGUUGAUGGUGUUAAACCAAACUGUGACGAAGAACAUAAAAGUGAUUAUGUUUCUUUCUCUAACUUCUUCACCACACAAGAUAGAAAAAUGGAUCGGUUCUGUGGUUUGAGAACGGGGAAGAAUAAUACGGUCAAGUCCGAUGGCGAAUUUUUCAAAGUCACAUUCAAAUCUAAUGGCAUCUAUGAUGCCCUUGGUUUCAUGGCAAAAUAUAGAUUUGUACAAACAAACAAUAAACAGUUACCAGAUGUACCUAAAACAAGUAAAGCUCCAAGAACAUACACUAUUGGUGGUGAUAGCUGUUCUUUAUAUGAACACAGCCAACAAUGGACGAGUAUCUUAUGUCUACUUGUAUUUUUUCUGUUGUGACCGUUUUAAUGCCACCUGCUUUGGAUGUCAAAGAAAAAAAUAUAUACAAAUAUUGAACUAAUCAGCUGCAUGCUUCACAGAGUUCUGAUCCAUAUUACCUACCCACAACCAUCAGAAUAAUAUGUAGGCCUCAAAGAGGCUUACAUGCUCUAUAAUCUCCUACCCAACAACUAUCAUCAGAAAUAAGAUAGGUUUUUAGGGGUUUUCCUCUAUGAUCUUAUAUAUUAUCCAAAUCCAUAGAAAUGAAAUACUAAUUUACAGAAGAAAGGAAAAAUUUAUAUACACAUACACGUAUAUGCAUGCAUGUAUAUACACACACAUAUAUAUAUAUACACAUAUAUAUGCAUGUAUAUAAACAUGUAUAUACAGACAUAUACAUACACGUAUAUUACAUAUAUAUCCUUGUGUUUUGUUUUUCAGUUUUUAGCAUAAGUUAUCCCAGCCCCUCAAAAUUUAUUACUUAAUUUUUGAUUUUCUGCUUUAAAUCCAAAUUCACUAUUUUUAUUACUGGAAUUUAAAGACAGAAAAUUGUUGCCUUUUUUCUUUCUUAAUUUUGUCUAUGAACCUAAACAAUAACAAUAAUAAUGUAUUUUAAUGUUUUAAGAAGAAUCUUAGUGCCUAAGUAUAUUAACUUCAAAAGAACUGAAAGCAAAAUAUUAAAAAUGUCUUGAAGACAUUAACAAAGUUGUUUUCAAUAAUACCAAAAUAUUAGAUUAAUUUUUACUGUGAUUAGGUAAAUGAAAUACAAAUAGAUAAAUAAUUAUAUAUAGAUUAAAUAUCUUAAUUUGCAUGAGUUUUAAUACAAGAAAAGUUAGAAUAACCAAACUUACCUAACAAGAAAAAGCAUUUUUAAUUUUAUAAAAUUUGCAAAAUAAAGCAUAUUAUAUAAAACAAUUUUUUGUUUUUAAUUGAUGAUAAUUAUUUACUAAGUACUAACAUAUUCGAUUCUGAACUCUUUGGAGAAGAUUCUGAGUUAGUUGUGUGGUAUAGCUGAAAGAAAAUAAAAGAAAAGAUGAUAUUCUUGACUCUAAGAAAGGAGGUAAGAGCUAAUGGAGCAUGCCUAGCACUGAUUUGGUAGCUGGUUGUAAAUGGUGAGCCUAUUCUUCUGUUGAAGAUCUGCAUACAUAUUUUGUCUAUGCAUGUGGAAACAUUACAUUUAUAAUAUUAAGGAAAUUUGUUUUCUUAUAAAACAUAAAAAAAAACACACAGAAAUCAAUAAAUAAUAAUUGCUUAAGGAAAGGUGGAGAAAAUAUGUUUUUUCUCUGUUCUACCUGCACAUCCUUGUCAAAUUCUUCAUCACAUAAAGAAGAAAUACAAAUAUUACAUGGAAAGCCACAACUAUAACCAAUAAAUGAAUCAUUAUCAUAACAGAAUAAUUUAUACAAUCCAGGAAAGAAAAAAAAAAUGGAAAGUAAAUAUUAAAAACCUUGCCAAAAGGUCAUCACCGAAAUGCAGGAAGAUAUGCUUCUUUGCGGUGAGUUUUUCAGGCAAAAUGGCAUUUCCGCUCAAAGACAUGCGAAUGCCUGCAAUCACGGGAUUCAUUAGAACUGUAUCACAACUGAACUCUCAUCAGGUACCAGAUUUGGUUCUAAGCUUCAAACUAGAAAUCUAGAAUACUAGAUUGUUAUUUUAUAGCUGAAAGGAGAAAAAAAAAAAACGUGAAUAAAUUAAUAUAAGUGAUUACUAACUAAAGAAAUCAUGAGAUACUAAAUAUUAGGAAAUGUAGUAAAAUGAGAAAGUGAAGAAAUAAAAAUUACACUGGUGCUCAUAAGGAAAUAAUAACAACAAUAUUAUUAAUCUAAAAACAAAUUAAGAUGUAUGUAGUGAAAUAGGAAGAAAUUAUUAAAAAGUGAUAAUCUUUAAUAAUUUAAAUGCUUAAUUUAACUAAAUCGAGUAGAUUGAAACUUAAAAUCAAAUAAUUAAAAUAUUAAUAAAGCAGUUAAUCCUUAGCAAAAACACAAUGCAAAUGAUGGUGAUUCAUAACAGUGAGAUUUAAUAAAUUAUCUGUUUGCUGGGACUGAACAUCAUUACUUGUGAAAUUAUUGGAUAUCUUCUACAUCAUAAUUCAAAUAAUGAUAUAAGUAUAUAUAUGUACAUGUGUAUAUAUAUAUAGAUAGCUAGAUAGACAGAUAUACAGAGAGAGCAAUAGAAAGUUAAUAAGUACAGAGAGAGGGGAAAAAUUAUUUAAAUUAGUUUAAAACUUAUAAAGCAAGCCAAAUGGUUUCACAUCUCAAUUGGAAGAUUCGAGGGUUUUCAAGUGUGGCUACUUUCUAGAUACUUGUGUUGAUUUCAUUUCUUUACUAUUUUAAUUUUUAGUUAUGUAUUAUGAACCAAUAAGUGGUUGUUUUUUUUUCUUUUUCCCCAUUUUGUUUUUAUCUAUAUAUAUAUUUUUUUUUUAAACAACAUAACUUGACCUGAUCCAUUGUAGAUUUGCUGGUUGGGUUUAUAUUUAGAAACAAAACAAAUUUAUAUCAAAAACUAGCAUCUGAUAUGAUGUGAAAUAGUGAUAAUGUUCAUCAACUUGCUUUAUAUGUUUUCAAAAGAAAAAAAAAUAAUAUAUAUAUUCAACAAAAUAAAAUCAAGAAGAAAAAUAAAAGAAACUUCAAAUCGAAACAGAAUUUUGAAAGGUAAAAAAGAAAAGAAAAAAAAAGAAAA